AUGGACUCUCUAAAUUCAACAAGUCCUGGCGAGGGCCUACCGGCGGCACCUCCGCAGUUCGCUGUUCUCGACUUCAUCUUCCCUGGGUUUUCCACCCUUUCCAGUAUCAUUCACCACUAUCUGGGCUUUGAUCUCAACGUCUACAUCCCCCUGCUGCUCAUCGUCUCUGGUGUCGUGUUCGUUGGGAACUACAUCUGGGAAUACUCCUGGGGCAUUAUCGGCCAGUAUCUGAUGUCCACUGUUCGCAUUCGCCACGAUGACGAAAUCUUCAACAUCGUUAUGGCAUGGGUUGUCAAACAACGCUUUUCUCAGGGUUCACGUCGCUUCAUGGUCAACAUCAACAUCAAAUCCCGAUCCUUUUGGCUUUACGAUUGGGACGACGAUAACAAUGAUGAAAAUGACAGUAAGAAACCUCUCAAAUACACCCCCUCGGCUGGUUCCCAUUGGUUUUGGUACAGGGGUCACUACCUUAACUUCGAACGUAUUGACAACCGCGAACGCUUCGCUUCCAGCAGUCCAAGCGAGGAACUUUCCAUCUCUUGUUUUGGCCGUAACCCACGCAUCAUCAAGGAGCUCCUCCUAGACGCUCAGGACCAAUACGUCCAGAAAGACGAUGAGCAGACUGUCAUCUACCGUAGUUCUAAUCCCACAGGCAACAAUGGUGCUGAUCCCAGCUGGCAGCGCUGCAUGAGCCGAGUCAGACGUCCUAUUUCCACGGUCAUUCUCAGUGAAAAGACCAAGAACGAUCUGAUCGAUGAUGUUACCGAUUACCUCAACCCCAACACUCGUCGCUGGUACGCAAACCGUGGCAUUCCUUAUCGCCGUGGUUAUCUUCUCUAUGGCCCUCCUGGCACUGGAAAGAGUUCACUGAGUCUUGCUUUGGCUGGCCACUUCAACAUGCGGAUCUAUAUGGUUAGCCUGAACUCCAUCCAUGCUAAUGAGGAGACUCUCGGUAGUCUUUUCACCGAACUCCCUAGCCGCUGUGUUGUCCUACUAGAAGAUAUUGACACUGCUGGUCUCACACACACCCGCGAAGAAAAAAAUGGGGACAACUCAACUGAGACGGUUGCAGACCCUGUGUUGACUACACGAUCGGGUGCUCCUACUGUUGCAGCUCCUGUGCCCGUUGGCCGUCUCUCUUUGUCUGGCCUCCUCAACAUCCUUGACGGCGUUGCUUCUCAAGAGGGCCGUGUUCUUAUCAUGACCACCAACCACUUGGAGAAGCUGGAUAAAGCCCUAAUUCGACCUGGUCGCGUUGACAAGAUUGUCCAGUUCGGCUUGGCUGAUGCUGAUAUGAGCGCCUCUAUCUUCCGUGCUAUCUAUGCCCCCUACGAGGGUGAAGACGUUGAUGUUGGAGUGGCCAAGGCCAACUACUUAGAUCCUGAGGAAGCUUUAAAGCAGGCUGCACUGGCCAAAAAGACUCGCCUUGAGACCCUGGAACGCAUCAAUGCACUGGCUACCAAGUUCGCUGCCAAGAUGCCCUCUCUCGAAUUCAGCCCUGCAGAGAUCCAAGGAUUGCUUCUAAAGAACAAGCGCGACCCCGACGGGGUCAUCGAUGCUAUUGAUGAGUGGGCUGUUGAAACUAGAAAAGAAAGGAAGCAGAAGGAAAUUGACGACGCAGAGAAGAGGCGCAAGGAGGAGGCCGAGGCCAUCAAGGCCGCGGCUAAAAAGAAGCGAAAGGAGGAACGCAAGAAGGCCAAGAAGGCAAAAGCAAAGGCUAAGCGCAAGAACAACGGCGAGAGUUCUGGAUCUGAUUCUGAUUCUGACUCUGAUUCUGAGCCUGAGGUGAAGACGGAGGGCAAGAAGGAGAGCGAGGAGAAGAAGGACGAGAAGGCUGAAGACAAGCCCAAGGAAGCGGAGGCCGGAGCUGAGGAGCAGAAGGUAGACGAGCCUGCUGCAGAGUCUAAGCCAAAGGGUACCUCGGACUCUGGAUAUGACACUCCAAACCCAGUUUUAUGA